AUGAUGCAAAAAAACGCCUUUGAAGCACUUGAUAAAACACUUAGAGAUAUCUUGGGGUUCUGUACCUACACAAACAGGGAACGUGUGUUUGGUGGCAUGCCUGUCUUGCUUGGUGGCGAUUUCAGACAAAUCCUUCCCGUCAUCUCAAAGGGAAAAAAAGAAGAUGUCGUUCAGGCAUGCAUAAAUAAAUCGAACCUGUGGAAAAGUUGUCAACUCUACACUCUCCACCGGAGUAUGCGCGUCAACGAAUACACCUCCACAGGUGCGUUAGACAUGGAUAGACAACGUUUCAACAAAUGGUUGUUAGACAUCGGCGAUGGAAUCGUUCCGUCCAAAGCCAAAGAAGGUGAAGAUGAGCCGCCUUGGAUCGAGAUACCCACUAGGUUCAUCGUUGAUAGUUGUAGUGUCCCUGUAGAAUCAAUUGUUAACGCUGUCUUGCCGUCAUUUACAAAAAGGCAAGAUGAUUACGAUUUUUUGUGUGAAAGAGCAAUACUAACCCCAUGCAAUAUAGACGCGGAUGAAAUCAAUGAUUACAUGUUUUAA